AUGAGGGCUGGAAUAGUUCUAUCCCAAUCAUCAAGACACGACCUCAACCAGACUAUUCUGUGGGGUUCAAACUUCUCGGCAUUCACAGAAGAUCAACUUCAGAUUCAGCCAUUCGUAGGCGACCUCUUCGACAACUCCUUUUUCAUGGGCACCUGGUACAUGUACUUUCCCUUCUUGUCGAGCGAGAUGAAGUGCGCAGCGGCCGCGCUCGACGUGGCAGAUCGACAGGAUGCUCACAGCAUGACGCUCGCGGUUCGAGGAGUUUUGGAAUUGUUCCGACUCGUUAAACGGGAGAGAGAGCUUCACCGCCAGAUCCUCGCGUUUUCUAUCUCGCACGAUCACCGAUCCGUUCGGAUUUAUGGCCAUUAUAUUGUGAUUGAGGGUACAAAGACCUCGUUCUACCGUCAUCCUGUUCAUGAGUUCAUCUUUACUGCAAUGGACGGGAGAGAGAAAUGGACCGCAUACAGAUUUACCAAGAGUGUCUACAAUACCUGGAUGCCUGCUCACUUCAAAAAGCUUUGCUCAGCAAUCGACGCAAUACAACCCGAUAUACAUUUUGAAGUCUGCGAGGAAUCGGAUCUGCAAAUUAUUCCUCCAUCAACACGACUUUCACAGGGUCUGGAAAGCCAUGACCUUUCGGGGCCAGGCGCUAUAGAUGACGACGAACCUAGGAUCCUCAAUCCGCAGGAAGUGACACCAGAAACUUCUGUUACGCAGACAUCAACCCAAGCGGCAUUCAAGAAGCCAAAGAAGAGAUGA